GUCUUGAGGAGUAUAAGAGGUUUAGGCUAAACGCAGCCAGACCGCACAGACACAUCUGACCGCUGCCGAGGGACCACACUCUCCUCUUCCAUCUGGAUAGAAAACUCUCUCGCGCAGAGGCGUCGACACAUUCUCCGGAAACUUUUUGUUUUUGCGCCUCCCAGUCGGGUUUCUCCCCCCGCUCUCUUACCAGACGAUUGGUUCCCUUCGCAUAAUACUCUGAGCAAGUUUUCAGCACCGCGGGCAGAGUGGACAGCGCCGCAGCAUGGAGUCCUACACGGUCCCCGGAGCCCAGCUCUCCCUGGCUGAACUUUACUCCGCCGUGCCCUACGACAGCACUCAGAACUACACCGAGCAGCAGAGCCCGGUGAGGAGCGCCGGGGGUAUGAUCACAGCCAUAUCCAUCACUGCGCUCUACUCCGUCAUUUGCGUGGUGGGACUUCUGGGCAACAUCCUCGUCAUGUACGGGGUGGUCAGAUAUACCAAGAUGAAGACUGCUACCAACAUCUACAUCUUCAACUUAGCUCUCGCUGACGCCUUGGCCACCAGCACGCUGCCCUUCCAGAGCGCCAAGUACCUCAUGAACACGUGGCCGUUCGGGGAAGUCCUGUGCAAGCUCAUUAUCGCCAUUGACUACUACAACAUGUUCACGAGCAUCUUCACCCUAACGAUGAUGAGCGUGGAUCGCUACAUCGCAGUGUGUCACCCGGUCAGGGCGCUGGAGUUUCGGACGCCAGUCAAGGCGAAGAUGAUCAACGUGCUAAUCUGGGUCCUGUCCUCAGCCAUUGGCGUGCCCAUUACAGUCAUGGCUGUGACCAAAGUGACAGAUAGUGGUGAAACCAUGUGCAUGCUGAAGUUUCCUGAUCCUGACUGGUACUGGGACAUUGUGACCAAGAUCUGCGUCUUCAUCUUUGCCUUUGUGGUCCCUGUGAUGGUCAUCACCAUAUGUUACGGCCUAAUGAUCCUACGUCUGAAGAGCGUUCGCCUACUCUCGGGCUCUAAGGAGAAAGACCGCAAUAUGCGCCGCAUUACCCGUAUGGUUCUGGUGGUGGUGGCGGCCUUCAUCAUCUGCUGGACCCCCAUUCACAUAUUUAUCAUUGUGAAGACCAUGGUGGAGAUUGACAGGAAGAACCCCUUUGUGAUAGCCAGCUGGCACCUGUGCAUCGCCUUGGGCUACACCAACAGCAGCCUCAACCCGGUCCUCUACGCAUUUUUGGAUGAAAAUUUCAAGCGAUGCUUCAGGGAUUUCUGCCUCCCCUGUCGGACCCAUGUGGAGCAGAACAGUCUGACUAGAGGCCGCAACAACACUGCGGAGCCAGUGUCCGUUUGUGCCCCAACAGAAGCUAGGAAGAAGCCGGCAUGACUAGGCAUGGACUGGGUCCCCCACAGCUCUCGCUCACGGAGGAUCCAACAAGAUCUGCAAUCGGAAGUCACCCAGAUCUCCACAACAGAGUUUUGAGAAAAAAAUUAUUAUUUUUUCCAAUUUGGCUAGACAUUCAAAGAAAAGGCAUCGGAAAAUGAGUUUCCUUUUGGUCCUAGUUUUCUAUUAAAAUUCUUAUCGGCUUCUCUCAUAGAAAACCUUACAAUGUCAUUGGCAUUACGCUGAUAAGGAUGGCUUAACGAGCAUGUCCAAAUAUUAAAUUAAGAUGACAAAACAGAACAUCCCCAGCUCAUGGUUGAGAUUAAGAGAGGAGAAAAUAUUUUGCUGGAGCACAAAUUACAAAGGAAUGCUUGCAGGUUUCCAGCUCAUUAAGCAAAGACUGCAUUGUUCACAGACCAUCCAUCAAUUUCAAACAGGAUAAUGUGACACAAAAGAAAAGUUUGAAAGUUUCAAACUCUGUUACUUUGUUUAAAAAAAAUCCUUGCAUGUACAUAGCAAGAAAAAAAGAGAUGAUUUUGGUGAGUAUUCUGAAUGAGAAUCAAAUAAAAAAUGGUUUCAUUUGAAUCUUAACUAUCAACAUAAAACAAAUGAGCCUUACAGAGCAGAUCCACACGACCACUGCCCACCGACAGCUGGAUGAUGAAUUCCAGCAGUUUGCUGCCCUACAAGGCUAAACACUCUCUGCAAAGAUAAGCAGGAAUGACUUUGCUAAGCUUGGCGGUUUUAUUUUUUAUUUAAUAGAAGAGACACUACACCAUCAACUGUUCUGGAAGAGCAAUUUUGGAGACUUUUUUGGGAAAUCACAAUCAAACAGAGUUUGUGGUGUUUUGUGGAGAAAAAAAAUAGUAGCAUUGUGCCACUGCCACUAGGAUUUCUACGGGCUCCUUUUCUCCUCACCUACUUGACUUUUGUUAGUAGUGUCAAGUCUGCAUAGAGCCUCUGAGCAGAAUCACUAGUUGAUAAUGAUGAUAUAUCUGUCAUUGACUCACAAAUAUAAAGUCCAGGACUAAGCCACAGCUGGAACUGAGAGCAGCUGCAUCACAUUGUAGAUGGAAAUGCCUGUCCUGACAACAAUUAAGAAACUGCUUCAAGGAGAUUAUUGAUCUGCAUUUCAAAUGAGAAAAACGUUGGUCAUCCAUUACAGCAAAAUAGCUGUAGCACAUUUAAGACGAACUGAAUGUUGACUGCACAAGUAAAUCAUUCUAAGUAACUGAUGGAUCCAAACAGAACUUGACUUGAGUCAAAUUAGAGUCAUCAAUCAGUACAUGCAGGGAAGUUAAUGACCAGUUCAGCAUUGUAUACAUCAUGAGUUAUGUCACGUGGUUUAAUCUAAAUCUAGGAAGGUGAAAAUGGAAGGAAGAAAACUCAACAAAUGUGAAUUUGUAGAUAUAUUUAAAGUCUUUACAUUUAGGCAAAUACGCCCACAGUUCAUGCUUUGUUAUGCUUUCAUUUCACAUUCCUUUUGAUAUGUGAAUCUAAAAAAAAUAAAUAAAAUAAAAUAAAAUAAAAUAAAAAUGGAAGUAAACAGGACAAUGCAAAAAAGAAAAAAAAAAUCUGUUCUGUUUAGAGAUUCAAUGAUAUGCAUAGGGUUUGGAUGGAGACUUCCCCAGAGAGACUGGAAUAGAUACAGGAAAAUAUUGACUGUCUGCAGGAGCAAGAUGGACAUUGUGAUACAAGUGCUGCAUAUUUUCUUACUGUGAUAGUGAUGAUUUAAAGUGUACAACAGUGUAUCUCUGCUUCGACCAGGGGCUGCAUAAGUGGGGUGCAUAGUAUAUCUCAGCUGCCAUUAUUAUUUUUGAAAAAUGCAUUUAUAUCAGCACAGAAUGCAUUUUGAUUGAUUUUCAAAAUCCAUAAUACACAAGGAAUUUGUUAUUGUUCACCAACUAUGUGAUACCUACUUCUUAUACAGUUAACGGUAAGAUGUGUGUGGUUUUCAUCCUGUCUGAUUAAAAAUGUUUCUUUGUGCCAUUUUUCAUUACACUGUAGGAGGAGAAUUGAUGUUUUGUUGUUCUUUUUAGAAUACUUUAUGUGGGAAAGAAAGGGACAAUGCACAUUAAUGGACAUUACAGCGUACAUGUAAAUGUGUUUGAUAAAGGUUUUAAGUGUAGGUGGCCUUAAGCCAUGCAAAGUUUUAUAUGUUAAACAGGCAGAGGGGACUUUCCUAAAAUGAUCAAAACCUAACAUGUUGUAUUUAGUUAAGAUAUUGCGGUGGUGAUAAGUGUAAGUCUUUUAAUCUGGAAUUUUCAGUGUUUUUUUGUAGAGCUGCCUGACUGGUUUUAGGAUUGAAGUGCCUGUCAUAGACCGACAAGUAAAGCAGUAGCUCAUAUGUGAAAGUAUCGUAGAAUGUAAAAACAUCAGAGCGGCACUCUCAGAUAAGGACCACCCAGAUUUGUUUUAAGUUGUAAAGAUGGAGUUUUAUAUAAAUAGUUUCAGUAGCUGGGUACAGUUAGCCACACUGGGAAAACAGUGUGUCUCAGGCAACAAAGUCAUGAGAAACGAUCAACAAUAUUUCACCUCCCCGUACAACAAGGAUCAAGGAUCAGCACUGGUUAUGUCAUGAUAUCAUGGUUGUAGAGGUUUUGACCUUUACAAACAAGCAGGUCAAUUCUAAGCCCAACUUACUAAAGCUCCUUAUUGCUCUGUGACCUUUUGGCCUUCUAUCAGCAAAUAUGGGCAAACACACAGUAAUCCAACAUCCAUAGGUCAAAAUGUUUUUCAAACAUACAUAUAUACAUUAACAUGGUCACUCUGGCAGAGCUUUGCCACAUUGUCACAUUGUGGAACAAUAUUAGAAAAUAAAUUACAUUUAAGUAAGUAAGGCUACACACUACAUAAACUCAAAUGUACAUGUGCCGAAUCCCUCAUUGUAGCUUUUGUGUAGCAUGGAACUCCUGUUCCAUUAACAAAAGAACAUUUGAAAAUAUGACCUAAAUUAGACCACUGACUAAUUAUUUGUCAAGAAAUACAAAGCAUGCCCUCAGCAACCAAACGGUCAAGUCCACUAUAAAACAAGUGAACGUUGGCACCAACGGUAGUCAAUAUUAUAACGUGCUAAUACACCAUGGGUAUGUCAUUUAAAUGUCUGAAUUGUAGAAGAUUUUUAGUUCAUUAGCAAGGUUCUUGUCAACAGAAAGCUGAAGAUGAACAGCUGAAGUGAAGAGUUGUACUCUCAGUGUGCUUCAGCUAAAGGUUGCCUGAUCAUGUCAAAAGGUCACACUCAGAGGCAGGGUGAAAGGUAUAUUGGACAGGACCUCUUAUCUCCAAAGAGUGCGUUUUCACCGCCCUCCCACACCCCUAGCCAACUAACUAACUAUAGACAUAUGGCUGUGAGUGACUGUGUUAACUUUGUACAGAUCCAAUUUGUUAAAACCUCAAACCCGCCCAUUUGAAAGAAAGGUCGUCCGGCAAGCACGUAGUCUGAAGCCCAAACAGACCUUUCCUCAUGUAACUGCAAAGCAUGUGACAUGAUUCUUCCCCAAUCAGCCCUGAACAGUGUGAAGCAGCUGUAGCAACACUUUAGCCGAGUCUAAAAACUAUAGAGAUAUUACACAGAACAAAUAACAAAAUGAUGUCAUUGGAUCCCAUUUGUUUUUCUUUCCUAGAACACCUGUACGUGUUUCAGCUCAUGUCUGUUAAGAAACACUCAGUGAAUAAUCUUAGCAACACAAAGGCUACAAAACAGAAAGCUGAAUGUAAGUUUUACGGGAAAUUAGACGAAACAUUGCAAAUGAGGCAUUCAGAGAAGGCAGAAGCCUGAGCUCUUGACUUGCAGUGAGUUCAUAAACUCUGGGAAGUAUGACCACAUAUAAAAUAUACAGUAUUUCUGAGACAGAAAAUCAACAUUGUGUACCUUGUCAAUGUACAAGGCUGAUUUCUGUGCCAAGGUUUGGAUCUUGACUCGGAUCUACUAGUUUGCAUAGAAGGCAUGUUGCUUGAUUCACUGUCCCUGAGUGCUGGCAUUGAACAUAGAUUGUGUGGAAGCAUGCAGUAUGUAUAAUUCCAAGAAAUGCUGUAACAAGAUAACGUAGAGUAACCAGACUCAGUUAUUAUCAGAUUACAGUGUGAGUCUGGGUUUAGAUGUAUGGAAUUUAUUAUGGGACAUGCUUCAAUUGAUUGAAAUUGAAAAUUGAAAUUGAAACAUUCAGCCACAAAAAAUGCAUAAAUGCAUGUUAGACUAGUGCUUAAUACCUGGCUUUGUUGUUGACUACUUUAUGUCUGCAGAUUCAUCCAUCAGCCAGAUCAUUGGUUGAACCAAAACCUAUUACAGUAGCCUAAAUCCUGAUUUGUCACUACUAUAAAUAUCUAUAAGCCAUCUUGUUGGCUAAAUUACAAUGUGUGAAAACAAAAGUGUCUAAGGAGCAUGGCGGUGGUGGAAGGGAAGUCACUGUUACUGCUGUUUUCAUAUAAAGCCUUUAAUCUGCUCAUGUGUUGCUUGUAAUUUACCUUGCAUUAGUUGGUCAUUUUUCUAUGAUGUGCAGGUGUGUCCUCCUGUGUGAAUAUAAAUAACUGCUACUUUUGUGCAAGAUGCUAAUUUGCUGUGUAACACUUGAUUGAGCAGGGCCGUUGUGUUCACCCUUCUCUUGAUACCAUACCAGUUCCCUCUUUGCAGUAUUAACAUGUUAUUUGGAAGCUUCUUCUUUUGCAAAUGUCGUAUCAAACUUUUCUCAUGUGGCAGCUGUGUUUUGGGCAUAACUACAAUUGCUGGUAAAAAAAAUAAAAUAAAAUAAAUAUAAUAUAAAAGAAAA